AUGAAGAGUGCUGCUGAAAUAAAUAAAAAAUCCGCGUAGAGGCGCAUUAAAACGACAUCGUCUAAUUGCUUCUUCCUCGAAAGAGCUCUCUCACCCAACACAAACAACAACAAUGGCGGUUUAUCAUCUCCUCCUCUCAAGCUCUCCUUCGCUUAUCCUCCCCCUUCGCCGACCUAACUCCACCUUAACCCGCCGGACACCAUCUCCCCUUCGUCUCACAAAAUCCCCCACCUCGCCUUCUUUCUCCUCACUAUCAAUUCGAAAAAUUCUCGUCCGCAGCACUCUCCGAGAAGACCCCGUCUCUCCAGACUCCGAGCUUCCAACUCUUCUAAUCGGAGAAGACUCUGCAGCUUUUGAAUUAGGCAAACAAAAGCUCAUCUCCUGGGUCUACUUCGGCGUUAUCCUCGGCGUCGUCCUCUUCAUCCUCAACUUAGUUUGGAUCGAUAACUCCACCGGUUUCGGUAAAUCAUACAUCGACGCCGUCUCCACCAUCUCCGGCUCACCUGAGGUGGCGAUGUUAAUGCUUAUCUUUAUCUUCGCAACUGUGCAUAGUGGAUUAGCGAGUCUUAGAGAUGUAGGAGAGAAACUCAUAGGUGAAAGAGCGUUUCGUGUUCUGUUUGCUGGUGUCUCUCUUCCUUUAGCUAUGAGCACUAUUGUGAGUAGUUUACUUACUCUCUUACAUGUUUUGACUUCUUUAAGAUUGGUUUUGGUGACUCUUUGUUGUGUGGUCAAUGCAUGGUUUCAGGUUUUCUUUAUAAACCAUAGGUACGAUGGGUCACAGUUAUGGCAGCUUCAGGGUGUUCCGGGAGUACAUGAAGCAAUUUGGGUCGCUAAUUUUGUGUCUUUCUUCUUUUUGUAUCCUUCAACGUUUAAUCUUCUGGAGGUUGCAGCUGUUGAUAAACCGAAGAUGCAUCUGUGGGAGACUGGUAUCAUGAGAAUCACUCGUCAUCCUCAGAUGGUUGGACAAAUCAUUUGGUGUUUGGCACAUACUCUCUGGAUUGGAAACACAGUAGCUGCAUCGGCGUCUCUGGGUUUGAUUGCUCACCAUUUAUUUGGAGCGUGGAAUGGAGACAGGAGAUUAGCUAAGAGAUACGGAGAUGCUUUUGAAGGUAUCAAGAAGAGAACGAGUGUGAUUCCAUUUGCUGCAAUUAUUGAAGGACGCCAAGUUUUGCCUGAGGAUUACUACAAAGAGUUUGUUAGGUUGCCUUAUGUUGCAAUCACGGUGUUAACAGUUGGAGCCUAUUUUGCUCACCCGCUGAUGCAAGGAGCAAGCUUCAGGCUUCAUUGGUAGUAGAUUCUCUGCCUUUUUGGUUCCUGCUAUGUUCAAAGGGGAAGUUCAUCCUAAAAACCUUCUCAAGGAAAAAUGUAUAAUUACUUCACUACAAAAAGAUAACUGUAUAAAUACAAAAAAAAACUAAUGCUUGUGAUAUUUGUCAAACUAUAUUAUAUAAAUUUAGAACUGCGAAGAUGAUUUUCUUUUGUAAAAUACAUAACUUGA